ACAGGACAUCUGUCUGACUUUAAUGUGGUAACCUGGUGCUGUUUACUCGUCUCGUGUUUUGAGAUUUGUGUCAUUUACUUGCGAGUGCUACUAUUAAAAUGUCGUUAGAAAGUAUUCCCAAAGAUCUGAGAAAUUUGCGUGCGUGUCUAUUAUGCUCGAUGAUAAAGUCUGCUGAGCAGUUUGAAUUUGAUGGAUGUGACAAUUGUGAAGAAUAUUUAAAUAUGAAAGGCAAUAGAGAACAUAUGGAGAAAGUCACAAGCUCUAAUUUUGAUGGAAUGAUAGCUCUGAUGGGAGGCGAAGAUAGCUGGGUUGCAAAAUGGCAGAGAAUAAGUCGUAAUGCCAAGGGUAUUUACGCCAUCUCUGUCGGUGGUCGCCUGGAGCCACACGUCGUCCGUGAAUUGAAAAGCCGAGGAGUAAUUUAUAGAUCUCGUGAUAACAGUACCCUUUGAAUCUUGUUUUUGUUAUUAAUAUAUUGAUUUGAUGUAAAUAAAAAUUUGCUUGUUUCAUAUGUCA